GCGCUUGCGUGGAUGUAAACUAAUAUCUCUGUGACGUGUUCCAUAGCUAGACUUGAUUCUACUUCUAAUACUUCUAUAGAGAUCUAGAAUAUAUCUCCUAUAUCUCGAACUAGAGUAAUAAUUGUCUGCUUAAAGAUGUUGUCUUUGAAAAGAGAUAAAAAGGAGGAAGAAGAUGGAGGUGGCAAUCCAUUCAACAAUUUAGAGAAAAGCACAGUAUUGCAGGAAGCCAGAACAUUUAAUGAAACUCCUAUUAACCCAAGAAAAUGUGGAAAUAUUUUGACCAAAGUUUUGUAUAUCAUAAACCAGGGUGAAUCUAUUGGGCAGACUGAGGCUACCGAGGCAUUUUUUGCUAUGACUAAAUUGUUUCAAUCAAAAGAUCCCAUCCUUCGUAGACUCGUCUAUCUUGGUAUCAAAGAGAUGUCAAAAAUUGCCCAAGAUGUGAUUAUUGUUACGAGCAGCUUGAUGAAAGACAUGACAGGCAAAGAAGAUCAGUUUCGUGGGCCUGCUAUCAGAGCUUUGUGCUCUGUGACUGAUCACUCCAUGCUUCAAAGCAUUGAGCGUUACAUGAAGCAAGCCAUUGUGGAUAAAGUGCCAGCAGUAUCCAGUGCAGCCUUAGUGUCAGCUUUGCAUUUAGGAAAAGGUAGCCAAGAAGUUAUCAAGCGCUGGGUAAAUGAAGCUCAGGAAGCUGUCAACAGUGAUAAUGUCAUGGUUCAGUUCCAUGCACUAGGGCUUCUCUAUCACAUUCGUAAAACUGACAAACUGGCUGUUAACAAAUUGGUGAGCAAGUUUAGUAAGCAGAGUUUGAAGUCUCCAUAUGCCUACUGUUUACUGAUUCGAAUAGCUGCUAAAUUAAUUGAAGAAGAAGAUGCUGGCUCAGAGAGCCCCAUGUUUGACUUCAUUGAAAGCUGUCUGCGACAUAAGUCUGAAAUGGUGAUCUAUGAAGCAGCUCAUGCAAUUGUUCAGCUGAAAAACACCACAGCUAAAGAUUUAGCCCCAGCUGUAUCUGUGCUGCAACUCUUCUGUAGUUCACCGAAACCAACUUUACGGUUCGCUGCUGUCAGGACAUUGAACAAGGUAGCCAUAAAGCACCCUGCUGCUGUGACAGCCUGUAACCUUGACCUUGAAAACUUGAUUACUGAUGUGAAUCGCAGCAUUGCAACUCUGGCCAUAACAACUCUCCUGAAGACUGGCAAUGAGAGCAGUGUGGACAGACUCAUGAAGCAGAUAUCAACCUUCAUGUCAGAGAUUUCUGAUGAGUUCAAAAUUGUUGUUGUCCAGGCCAUUCGUUCUCUCUGUUCCAAGUUCCCUCGCAAGCACAAUGUGCUCAUGACGUUCUUAGCUCAAAUGUUGAGAGAUGAGGGAGGUUUUGACUACAAGAAAGAGAUAGUUGACUGUAUCAUCACAACCAUUGAAGAUAAUGUUGAAGCUAAAGAGGCUGGCUUGGCUCAUCUGUGUGAGUUUAUCGAGGAUUGUGAACACACUGUGUUGGCAACAAAGAUUCUACAUCUAUUGGGACGGGAGGGCCCACGCACACCAAGUCCUUCCAAAUACAUAAGAUUCAUCUACAACAGAGUCAUUUUAGAAAAUGCUGCUGUUCGUGCAGCUGCUGUAAGUGCUAUAGCAAAGUUUGGGGCUCACUGUGAUGACCUUCUCAACAGCUGUGUUGUACUUUUAGAGCGCUGCCAGUUAGAUACAGAUGAUGAAGUUAGGGAUAGAGCCACUUUCUAUGUGAAUGUUUUGAAGCAGAAACAGAAGGCUUUAAGUUCAGCAUAUAUCCUUAAUGGACUUCAAGUCUCUGUUGUGGGUCUAGAGAGGGCUCUGCACCAGUACACACUGGAACCUAGUGAGGCUCCAUUUGAUCUGAAGUCUGUGCCCCUUGCCACACAGCCCAUUGCUGAACAAAAAGUCCGAGAUGUGCCAGGGGAGGUACCAAGCUCCAAACCUACUCAAGAUAAAGUUGCAGCCUCCAGACAAGAUGUCUAUCAGGAACAACUGGCUCAGGUACCCGAACUGGCCAACUUGGGUGCUUUGUUCAAGUCUUCCAGUCCUGUAGAAGUAACAGAGUCUGAGACAGAGUAUUAUGUCCAGUGUAUCAAACAUACUUUUAACAAUUACAUUGUAUUUCAGUUUGACUGCACCAACACACUGAACGACCAGCAGCUAGAGAGAGUGACUGUUGAGAUGGAACCUGCAGAAGGAUUUGAGGUUAUUAAAUAUAUACCUUGUCCUUUAUUGACCUACAACAAACCUGGUACCACCUACACAUUGGUCAGAUUGCCCAGUGAGCCUACACAAGACACAAGCAGAAAGCAUCUAAGUGAUCAAGUAAUAAUUUGUUCUUCUAAUCUGUUUACAUCACUAGUGACUGGAACAUUUGCAUGUGUUCUCAAGUUUUUGGUGAAAGACUGUGACCCACAGACAGGAGAGCCUGACGAAGAUGGUUAUGAUGAUGAGUAUGUUCUGGAAGAUGUAGAAGUAUCAGUGGCUGACCAUGUACAGAAGGUGAUGAAACCCAACUUUGCUGCUUCAUGGGAAGAAGUUGGUCCAGAAAAUGAAUUGGAGGACACAUACGCUCUGUCAAAUAUGAGUACUUUAGAGGAGGCCAUCACGAACAUCAUUCAGUACAUAGGUUUGCAGCCAUGUGAACGUUCUGAUAAGGUGCCAGAAGGAAAGAGUGCCCACACCCUCUACUUGGCAGGUGUGUUCAGGGGUGGUCAUGAUGCAUUAGUGCGUGCUAAGUUGGCGCUGGAUACAUCUGGUGUUACAAUGCAACUGACUGUAAGGUCAACAGACCCUCAUGUUUCUGAGGUGCUUGCCACUGCUGUGGCCUAAACAAGUCUACUCUACCUGUUGUCAGACAAGUGUGAUGUUUUUCUGCUUUAGAAUCAAUUUGUUUGCAUUAUUUAAUGUUACAUUGCAGUCUUAUGUGAUUGUAGUCAUACACUACACAUUUUUCUUGUUUUUUUUGUUGUUUUUUUUUGUUAAAAACAUUCAAAAAUCUUUUUUUUUUUUUUUUUAAAACCUCAAUUGAAAGUUACUUUAAAAGGAAUAAAAAUGUAAGCAUAGUUGACAAAAAAAAUAAAUAGCUGUUAUGGGUUUAUAUUUCUCGUGCUUUUCAACAAUUAUUGUAGCGUGACUUGAUAUUUACAGAAGUGUCAAAGAGAUAUAGCAAAAUGAUUUGUCUUUUUAUUUAAGUAUUACUAUCACUUUGAAUUUAUCAUGUUGAUCAACUCAUUUCAUGAUCAAACUUCUGAAAACCUAUUAAAUAGAGUAUUUAUUCAGUAUGUAUUCAUCAAGGCUGUAUGUUAGUGCUUUCAUAGAACAAGAUUGACUUAUGAGAAAAUAAUAAACUUAUAGUCUUAACUGUU